UUUUUUGUUUCGUUUCGCCUUCCUCUUUCGUAUCUAUACUGUGAACUCCAUGUUUAAGAAAAAGCAAGUUGCGCAUGAUGCGGCCGCUCUAACGAUUGAGCUCUUGCCUGAAUUUGGCUGGACUCACAAGAACGAGCCAGUGUAUGGCCCAGGGUCGAUUUUCAAAGGCGUUGUACGCGUGGUGUUACUGCCAGGGAUGCAUCCCAAGCAGCUGCGCAUUGUCUUUCAUGCGUCCGAAUCGGUGCCGUUGCAUUGUGUCCAUCACAAACACAUUGUCAAUGCACGUCAUCAACAAUUCUUUGGGACUCAGCGAAUCUUGUGGGAUAGCAACAACAGCAGCAGCAGCAGCCACAGCAACAGCCAAGGUCUUCGUGACAGUUACCCGUUUAUCCUUCAGAUGCCCAUGGUCCAAUUCCCUCCCUCCAUGGACUGCUGCCGAUACAAAUGUAGUUUUCGAUUGACAGCUACCCUGGAUAUGAUGAAUGCUGGACAAAAAUCCCUGGUUACGCAUAAACCGGUCCAUUACAUGCCUUUUGUGGAAACCUGUCUUUUGAAAACACCCCUUAUCAAAGAUCUUGGUGAUGCCCAAGAUGAUCACAUUAAAGUCAAAAUGAACUCGCUUGAUUAUCUCCCAGGUGAUACAAUUCAGGUGACAGCGCUUUCCCUUUCCGGGGCUCGACGAGGCGAUACCUUGACCCUCACGCUGUACAGAGUGACGACCUUUAUGAAUCAGGAAGAUGCCAUACCCAAUCAAAUCCACCAGAUCUGUUCGAAAAAGACGGCACUGAACGGCAAUACAUCCGUCGACUGUGGUCUUGAACUUCCGAAUGAUCUGAUACCGUCGUUUAGUUACGGUCGUGUGAUUGCCAUUAGUUACAAAUUGCACCUUGCUCUUGGACGAGCGAAAAGUGGAUUAAGCAAGCUGCUGGUAUCCGUCCCGUCAUUGGAACUGCCGGUGACCAUUGGCACGUUAGGUUACGGAGUCCGUGCAGCUCAGGAUCUCCAAGUGUAUACAAUGUUCCAAAGUGUUUUCGACGAUCCCGCUCAACCAUCAUCGUCUCCUUCUCCCGUACUACCUGUACCGAAAUUUAUCCGGGUGGUUGAAUACGAAGAUGCCCUGCCACAAUAUGAAGCAACUCGAUUACCCUCCUAUUAUUCCGACAGUAUGUCCCAUCAUGAUGACCACGCAAGCGCACCAUUAGCUUGAUGGCAUUGCCAACGAAUAAUGUGCCUUUUUAAUUUUCAUUCAUGCUUAGCAUUGUUUCAUGCUUCCGAUUCAUUUGUAUGAUGUAACCAUUCAUGUAUCACGUGUAUAGAAAGGGUAGCUCGAGUAGAUCAUUUUUUGGGUGGUGGGGGUUGAGGAUGAUACCAUUACAGAAAAAAAAAAGUGGAACCCGACUUGUAAAUAAAAAACAGUAAACUAUGGGGACCUCCAGACGAUCAUCCUAUUUUUUUUUUUUUUUGCCAACGUCAUUGUUCACCACAAAAAAUUGUGUCUAUUCCCAAUUAGGAAUACCAGCGAAAUCUUGUAUUUU